CGCGCGUGUGCCUAGUGACUAUAGGACUGUUACUCGCGGACCAUUGCGGAGAAAGUAAAUGUGAGCAAAAUGGAUUUCAAAUAUCUUAUCCUGAUGAUCGCAUUCGCGACUGUCGAGAUUAAUCUAACGGAAAGCCGGCAGAACGAAAAACGAAGAUGGAAGACAGAUAAAUCGCUGUACUCCUCGCACUACGUCAACAUCUGUGAUAUACAGGACAGAGUAUCCAAAGUGCACUGCUAUUGCGAGAGCAUAAAGCUGAAGUCAGCCACGAAGGCCGAUUGCUGGGUGUUUAAUGGUGGAAUAGCAGAGGACGACCCGUUCUGGUCAAAUUUUUACUCCCAACCCAAGAUAGAACGACUCACAUUCAACGUUAGAGCAGACGGUGGUCUCACUUACGUUCCCUCAAAAGUUAUAGUGAGGCUCGAACGCUUGCAGCACAUAAGCAUACAGUACGCUAACAUAUUCAGUAUCCCGUCCUUCGCUUUCACGAAUUCCACGACGUUGCGCGAAAUAAAUCUGCCGAAAAACAAAAUAACGAAGCUGGACAAGAUGGCGUUCGCGCACAUGAUAAUGCUAGCCAACGUGAGCUUAUCAGAAAAUCAGAUAUCUGAACUCAAUCAAGACGUUUUUUACGUUCUCCCCAACCUCCAGAGGCUGUAUUUAUCCAAGAACAUAAUUAGCGUCCUCCACGACGGAUGUUUUCAACACUUGAACAAUCUGAUCAAGUUGGAUUUGAGCAGCAAUCUGUUAUCGGUUAUCGUCCGGGAGAAUUUUCAAGGUUUAUCCAAUUUAAUCACCUUGGACAUGAGAAACAACAAACUUAUGAUGAUCGGGGACCUCGCUUUUGCGGAACUUUGGAGCCUCCAGGAAUUGUAUUUAGAUGGUAAUGAAAUAGAAUUCAUUUCGGAGAGGGGACUCGGCGGGUUGAGUCCGCUGAGAAAACUUUCUUUGGCCGACAAUAACUUGGCCGUGUUGGACGAGGGGGUCCUGAAUGACGUACAAAAGUUGAACAUCCUGGAUCUGAGGAACAACAAUUUGGAGACGCUAAAACAGGAGGCCUUGCGGGCCGUCGCCGAGAAUAUGAAAUCGAGCUAUGCAUCAAUUUCGCUCGACGGUAACAAGUUGUCAUGCGACUGUCGACUCUCCUGGCUCCACAAACUUCGGAACGAAACAAGAAGCAAGCGCGUCAAAGCCUCGCUCGACCGACUCAACUGCAUCAUGGAUAACAAACUGAAAACCAACUUGGGAGAAAUCAAAACGCAAAUCAAGGUCACCAAAGUCAAAAGCGAUAAAGUAUACGACGAUGACGACGAAUUCGAAGAAGAUUAUGACGAUACGAUGCACGACCAGGAGACUGGUAAUAAAAUUGAGUUUAGACGUAAAUUACUAGAGAUUCCGACUGGGAUGCUGCCGUGUGCGAGCAAAUUGAGCUACGAAGCCUCAUACUCCCCGCCCACACAGGAUGAGGUGAAAUAUUAUAAGACUUCGGGCGGAACUCGUGUCGUAUCCACCGCUUUAUUUCUUAUCGCAAUCUUAAAUUCUUUGUAGAGCUGACUGAUAGGUAAAAUCCGCCUUGUUACGAGUAUUCUAUAGAAUUUAUAUAUUAAAAAGGUUUCUUUCAAUCUUUUGAUAAGACUAGUGAUGACUUGUUUAUAGGUUUUAUUCUUUGAUGUGUGAUUAACCCA